AUGUGGCGGGUGCUUCGUCCUGGCAAAAGUGGAGUGUUCACCUGCCCCUUACCUGUGUCAGGUGUGCACCUGGCCAGGCGGUCCCCGCCCCGGGAGGCGGGGCCGAGCCAAGGGCGCUCUUCCUCUUCCUGGGGAGGUGUCGGCCGCUCGAGGGGCGCCGGAGGACCAGGCUCUGGGGUCACAAUGAAUAAUCCCAUACCUUCCAAUCUGAAAUCGGAAGCAAAAAAGGCGGCUAAAAUUCUAAGAGAAUUCACAGAAAUAACUUCCAGAAAUGGACCUGAUAAGAUCAUUCCUGCCCAUGUAAUUGCUAAAGCCAAGGGCCUUGCGAUAUUGUCUGUGAUAAAGGCUGGAUUUCUAGUAACUGCUAGAGGAGGCAGUGGGGUCGUGCUGGCGCGUCUUCCCGAUGGAAAGUGGUCUGCACCGUCAGCCAUCGGCAUAGCUGGGCUUGGUGGAGGCUUUGAAAUAGGAAUUGAGGUAUCAGAUUUGGUAAUAAUUUUGAAUUAUGACAGAGCAGUAGAAGCUUUUGCAAAAGGUGGUAACCUGACACUUGGAGGGAAUUUUACUGUGGCAGUUGGGCCCCUGGGAAGGAAUUUGGAAGGAAAUGUUGCCCUACGGAGCUCCGCUGCCGUCUUCACGUACUGCAAAUCUAGAGGACUCUUUGCUGGCGUAUCUCUGGAAGGCAGUUGUUUGAUUGAAAGGAAAGAAACUAAUCGAAAGUUUUAUUGUCAAGACAUCCGAGCUUAUGACAUUUUAUUUGGAGACAUGCCGCGGCCUGCUCAAGCGGAAGAUCUCUAUGAGAUUCUCGAUUCCUUUACUGAAAAGUAUGAAAAUGAAGGACAGCGAAUCAACGCAAGAAAAGCAGCAAAGCAACAGAGGAAGCCUGCUGCUAAAGAAUUACCUCCGAAACCAUUGUCAAGACCACAGCAGUCAUCUGCACAAGUCCCGCUGAACUCUGGCUCCCAAAGUAAUGGAAACAAAUAUAAGCUGUACCCUGAACUUUCCAGCUAUCAGGAGAGAGUUGGCAAUUUGAAUCAACCCAUAGAAGUGACAGCACUAUAUUCUUUUGAAGGACAACAGCCAGGGGAUUUGAAUUUUCAAGCUGGAGACAGAAUCACGGUUAUAUCAAAAACAGAUUCUCAUUUUGAUUGGUGGGAAGGGAAGCUUCGAGGUCAAACUGGCAUUUUUCCAGCCAACUAUGUUACCAUGAAUUAA